UCUUCCUGGGUCCAACUAUACAAAGCUGACAGCUGACUCCUCCAAAACAAAACUCGCCAAUUUUUUAAAAAAAAUCUUUCCAAAAAGUAGCAGUUUUACUAGACUAGGGAGUACUAUACUCUGCUACUGCUACUCUUGAAUAAUGCAACUCAUCGUCCAUCUUUCUCUCUCCUCAAAUUACCAUCUUCUCUAACCUCUCAUCUUCACUCCAUUAAAUCUUUACCUGUUUAUGUUGGGUUUUAGCUUUCUGGCUUAAAUUUCUGAUCUGGGUUUACACUCAUUUUUCUAUUUAAUUUAAAACGAACUAAUAUUAUCCCCUUUUUCUGCAAUUAUCAGCCAUUUAACAUGAGAGAUGUAGUCAAAUUUGAAGGUUUGAAAGUACUCCCAUUUACGCAGAUUUUCGUUUUUCCAUUUGUUUUCCUCUGGGUCCACAUUUUCCUUUAAUCAAUUCUCAUUUUCAAAACCCAGAAAAUUCUGGAAAAGAAAAAAUUUCAAGGAUAUAAACCCUAACUAUUUUUGGUUCAGAAUAUCAAUUUCUGGUUCUAUGUUCGCUGCUUUAUCUUUUUGAAGCAUUUAUACAACACUUGGUGGGCAUUGUGUAACUAGUCUCACCAUAUAUUGGAAAUUUCUGGGUUCAGAUGUCAUUUUCAGGCACGCAAAUUCUUCACCAGUGCAAACUUUUCCUCUUUAGCUGGUAUGUUUUGUUCUUAUUGAUUUUACAUCUUAGUGCCUAAGUUUUAUGGAAAAACAUGGCCGUUGAAACCAUAGGUUAUAUGAUUGGGUUUGCUCAACAUUAGGUUACUGAAGAGUUCUUUUUUUAUUACAAAUUAGUUUAAAAUAUCCAUUGUGAAUCCCAAAUUAAUUUGUGUUAUACCGAAAAUGGUGACUAGAUGCAUUUUUGUGGGUACUUCAGCUACAAUGCUUUGCCAGUUUCUUGUGUCAUUGCUGUUUUCAGUUGCUGUCUCAGAAAUUUCUCUGGGUUCAAAGCUUACUGUUUCUGAAAAUCAAUUGUGGGUUUCCUCCAACGGGGAUUUCGCAUUGGGUUUUUUCACUCAUUCAGAUAAUGUGAACCAAUAUAGUUUAGGAAUUCGCUUCCAUUCGGGUUCGAUACCUGUUGAUAAGCAAUCUGUAGUUUGGGUUGCUGGUGCAGAACUCACCGUUAGUAAUCAGUCCUAUUUUCAGCUCAUGGAGGAGGGGGGAUUGGUUUUGUUUGAUCCGUCGAAUGGUGGGGUUGUAUGGACGAGCAACACGUCUGGGAAGUCUGUUGCUUCUGCCUCCCUGCAGGAUGAUGGGAAUUUGGUUGUUUUGGAUGGAAACAAGGAUAUGGUGUGGCAAAGCUUUGAUACACCCUCCGAUACACUCUUGCCUGGCCAAGUUUUGUCUGUCCACAAAACACUUCGUGCUCUGAGUGGGAAUUUGGUUUCCAGUCACUAUAGCCUAUACUUGAAUGACUCAGGGCAGCUACAACUGAGGUGGGAAACCGGUGUAUUAUACUGGGUAAGGGGAAGCCCUUCUAAUCUGUCACUCAAGGCGUCCCUUAGCUCAAAUGGCUCCUUUCAACUUCUUGACGACAGAUCUGAAGCUUUUUGGUCUGUAUUCGCAGAAGAUCACAAUGACAAUGUGAAGUUCCGGUUUCUUCGGUUAGAUGUUGAUGGGAAUCUUCGAAUUUACUCAUGGGAUGAAGAUUCAGUAUCUUGGAAGUCGGUGUGGCAAGCUGUUGAGAAUCAGUGUGAUGUUUUUGCAACAUGUGGUGAUCAAGGAAUUUGUUCCUUUGCUAACUCUAGCCUCUCUAUCUGUAAAUGUCCUUUUGGAUCGGCCAUGGAGUCUAAUUCAAAGUGUUUGGCACCCUACAGGCAGCAGAGCUGUAGUUCUAGAGCUAUGGUGGAAUACAAGCACACUUCACUUUACGGGAUUUACCCGCCAAGUGAUACAAUCAUCAUAACCAGUUUAGACUUUUGCCAGCGUUUGUGUGAGAAGGACCCUCUUUGCACUGCUGUGACAUAUCUGAAUGAUGGUAGUGCACGAUGUCAGAUCAAGAAAACCCGGUUUAUUACUGGUUCUUCAGAUCCGUCUCUGAGUUCCAUAUCCUUUGUUAAGACAUGUACGGAUCCCUUCGCGGUCCUUCCUAACAAAUCCCCUACUGCCGCUUCUCCAUCUUUACCCUCUCUCUUGUCCUCUAAAUCUAAUCAGUCAAGUAGAUUCCCAAUCCGUCCUGUAAUUGAUGCAGCUUUGGUUAGCUUCUGUCUGUUUUGUAUGCUUCAGAUAGCUGUUGGGUUUUGGGUCUGCAAAAGAAGAAGAGCUACUGUCAGGAAGAAAGCUAGUCCUCCUUCUCAUGGUUUGAUUUCUGCUGGCUUGGUCAGAUGGACAUAUGGUGAAAUCAAGGAGCUAACUGGAAACUUCAAGGAUCAGUUAGGGCCACAUUCAUAUAAAUCUGUGCUUCAAAACAACCAACCUGCUGUAGUCAAGCGGCUAGAAUCACAAAUUGAGGAGAGGAGAUUUAGGGCUAUGGUUUCAAUGAUUGGAAGCAUUCAUCAUAAAAAUUUGGUUAAGGUGGAGGGUUAUUGUUGUGAGUCAGGAAACAGAUUUUUGGUGUACGAGCUUUUAAAGAACGGUUCACUAGAAGACUUCAUGCACGAUCCUGCAUCAUGCAAAAAGCUUUCUUGGAAAAAUCGAAUGUUGAUUUGUCUAGAUGUGGCGAAGGCCAUUUCUUAUUUGCACACAGGUUGUAGGGAUUUUGUAAGCCAUGGGAAAUUGAAAUGUGGAAAUGUGAUUUUGGAUGAAAACCUGGAAGCAAAAGUGACAGAGUUUGGCUUACAGAAACUUGAUGGUAUUGAGACUUAUGCGGAGAAAGAUGUGGAAGACUUUGGUAAGAUGGUACUCUAUCUCAUAUGUGGGCGCCAAGAAGAAGUUUGUGAGUGGUCUUACAACAAAUGGGUUAGUGGGUAUGGAUGGAGGGUUGUGGAUAAGAGAAUUGAAGGCGAAGUAGACUUUGAAGAGCUAGAGCGUGGCCUUAGAAUUGCUUUCUGGUGCUUGCAAGUUGAUGAAAGAAUGAGGCCGUCAAUGGGGGAAGUCGUGAAUGUUUUAGAGGGUACACUGACAGUUGAUCCACCACCGCCCCCGUUUUCUGACUCAAGAAAUUUACAGGAAGACAUAUUAGCAGAAUCAGAGCUGGUUUGAAACUUGUUGUCCUGCCCAUGUAUUAUGUAUAGCAGCACUAAGCCACUAACAUUAUGGUAAGCUGUAAAAUUUUAAGGAAUAGAUUGGUUAGAUUAACCUUUUGACCUAAGGGCUAACAAAUAAAUUCCUGUGUUUGGUUCAAGUGAGACUGAGAGUGACAUUAGGUUGCCUCUAAGCUUCUGUAGGUCAAACAUUUUAUUUUCUAGUCUGAUUCUUAUUAAUGGAAAAACUCUUCUGUAUGUCAAACAUUUA